AUGUACCGAGUGUGUUGCACGCCGAUGUCGUACACGGGGAUGCAGGUUUCGGAGCGGCACGAUCACCGGACUGGGACCCUUGGACCGACCCCGACGUGUUGGAAGCCCUUCGGGAAAGUGCUCACGUCCGCAACUCACAUCAUCAUCAAUGACGGCUUCCUGCCAGACGCCGACGCGCAUGCCCUGCGCCGCGUUUUCGACCAGCGGUUCGCCGACCCACGGGUCACUCACCCCGAGCGGUUCCUAUGGGACUAUUGGCACGUGCCGGACCAAUACACGCUCGUACGUACGCAGGCCCAAGUCUAUUUUCCAGAGGAGUUGUACAACCGACUUGAGGAUUCGCUGUUGUCGUACGGCGAAUCCCAGCUGGGUUGCCGGGCCAUAAGCCCCAUCUGGAUGAGUUAUUACGUGGAUGGCUGUGUGCAGGUGCGUGUGAUAGGUGUGGUGUGCGGGUGUAUUCGGUGCGGGGGGGACCUGUACGUCAAGUCAUGCCGUACAGAGGGCAUGGAAGCAAACCCUUUUCCUUUCUGGCUUUCGCAGGAACUGCACUGCGACAACCCCCAUGGUCCGUUCGCCUUCGUGCUCUCCUUGACUAGAGAUUGGGACGAACGUGAGUUUACAGGUGGCGAGACUAUGAUCCUGAAGCCCGACGUGCUCAACUACUGGCGCACCUACGAUCCGCGCAAGGGCCUGGAGAUGCAGCAGUUGGUGACACGCGUGCCUGCGCCCUUCAACCGGCUGACCGUGUUUGACCCGCGCUUCCCGCACGGAGUACGGCAAGUGCACGGCACACGUGACCCGCGCAAGAGCCGCUUGGUGCUGCACGGCUGGUUCACCGAGCCGGCGCCCUUCUUCCAAGGUCCACUCGACCCAGCGGAUGCGGAGGAGGUGCUGAACGAGGGGCUGGGGUCUCUCUGGGACGCGCUUGAGGGUAUCAGCGGUCUCAUCACGGGUACGUUGAUUGUGCGUGUGCGCAUCAGCGGCCGCAACGGCUCAGUGACUAGUCUGGACUGGCUGGCCGACACUCUGGUGGAAGUGCCCAACCACGACCGGGCUGCAGCAGAGGCUCUACUGGAGGGCCGGGUGCUGCCGCGGCUGCGGGCGUUGGUGCACAACGAGGUUCGAGACUGCCUCUCGAUGAUUACCUUCCCGGCCGUCCCGUCGGGAGAGGACAGCGUGCUCACCUACCCCAUCAUCUUUGAGUAG